UAAUCAGACAAACAGAACACUGUCACUAAUUCUGUCAAUCAUCAAGCUUGGUUCCCUGAGCAGUCGCAUGCCUGAGCAAUCAGUGGAGAGACGGGCCCUCUCACUGCCGUCCAAGCAUUAACACACAGUUAUAAAGUAACCUGUGGGGACAGUCACCAUGGAAACUUGCCUCAUUACGCCAAAACCAAGAAAUAUAAAGCGAGAGAGGGGGGCACGCACCUGCCAUUUCACACACAACUUUGCCAGAGUUUCAUUUUGUACAGUUCAGUAGAACUAAGGGGGAAUACUCUUUGUUUGGGUUAAGUCAAAACUUACUCCAAACUAUUUAAAUGGACUAAAUCCAAGUGGACAUUUUUGAAGAGUACCUACUGUCAUCUUCAGUAUUACAUAUUCAAGCAUAUCUGUGGACCCCAUUCAGAUGGAGUGGAAGAAUUAGGCCUGGAUUGCACCUUGGAAAGCAAGUCAAGAAAUGGAGUCUAAUGCAGAUCCUUGAAGAACUUAUUUUGAUAUAUAACUAAAUUUCGCUGGGAGUGUAAAUGCACCAUGGGGAGCAGCAACUCCAGGCCAAAGAUUUGCCAGGUUGCGCCAUCUCAUUGUCCACCAAUGGAGGAUAAGCCUUCCCUGUUUCCAACCUCACCAUGGAUGAUUACUGCUGUUAAUGGCACAGAGAUGCAAGAGAAAGGGAUUGUGGGACAGAAGUCGUCCAACCGUCUGCCUCCUUUGACAGGAAGACACGCAAUACCUAAUUCUGUUCAUUUAGAACCAGGAUCUCAGAGUGUCUGUGAUAAAACUGGUCACAGCAUUAUUAAGUCUCAUCCACCACAACCAGCAAAGGGAUGGCAACCAAUGACCCAUGUUAUAGGGGCUGACGUGAAACCUGUCAAACACACAUGCAAGACAUACAAAACGGCAGAGUCUGAGGACAGGGAAUGGAGAGAUGGGCCUGUCCACUGCUAUUCCACUCCCAGCCUGGGAGGGCACUGUGGCACAAGCAAAACACUACAGGGACACAUGAAAGGUCUCCUGCUGGCACAGACGAUGCUCAGUCGCCAAGCAACCAAGAAGCGGCAAGCUCAGCAGAGGUGCUUUAGGGAAAGUCGAAGGAAACAGAAGAGAGUGUACACCUCUUGUCCGGAAGGAGAUGAGAGGGAAGGAAGGCAGAGGGUUCGGCUUGUGUCCAGGCCAAUGCAACAAAACAUCUUCUGGGACGAAUCUGAAGGACAGAUUCUAGACAUAAGGGAGCUAUUACAGCCAAGUCCACGGUAGAGGUCUGGGGAAGGAAUAUUGCCAAAAGAACUCCCCGAAUUCCCAAAGGUGCAGAACAAAUCUGGACAAAAGUCUGACAGGAACUGCGCAGAGGUCUUGUGAUGCAAACGUGAAGUUACCUCGGUGAACUGAAAAACAAGU